UGCUAUUGGUUAACCAGGAAGUAACUCACUGCAACCUCUAAUUGUGUGUUCCUUUUAUUCUCCACCUUCAAAAGAGGUAAUUAGACGACUCAGAAAAAGGAUGGAAAUCUUAGUGUCAUAAAACAGUGUUUUUACCAUUAUAUGAUUGGGCACAACAUUAGAACAAUAUGUCCUACAACUGAGAGCUAAAUUUCAGCUUUGUAAAAAUCAUUAAGUAGCAACUAAGUGAAAUGUCUCAAACUUAGUAUCAAGUAUUUAAUUUCUAAAUGUUGACAGACAGCAGUCCUCCAGUGUCAACCCAUACCAUGGAUGUGGAUGCUCUACAGAAACUUAUUCAUUUGCUCCAGGCCACAGAUGAUCCAUUAAUUCAAGAGCAAGCUUUAAUCACUCUCAGCAACAGUGCUGCCUUCUCUGUAAAUCAAGAUAUAAUCCGAAAUUUGGAUGGUCUUUCUGUUAUUGGAGGGAUGCUCUCCAACUGCGUUCCCAAAGUUAAAGAAAAAGCACUAAAUGCACUUAAUAAUUUGAGUAUGAAUAUUAAAAAUCAGGAAGAGAUACAGGUAUUUAUUACACAAGUUUGUGGGACUGUUGAGUCAGCUCCCCUGAACUCUGAUGUGCAGCUAGCUGGACUCAGGCUGUUGACAAAUAUGUCUGUUACCAGUGACUACCACCAAAAGAUGAUAAACUCUAUUCCAUGCUUUCUUCAUUUGCUUUCAGAAGGAACUGAAAGGACACAGAUUCAAGUUUUGAAAGUACUUGUGAACUUAUCUGCAAACCCAGCCAUGACACGACAUCUUCUCAGAGCUCAAGUGCCAUCAUUGGUGUUAUUUUUUGACAACUGUGUAAACAGAGAUAUUCUGGUUCGAGCCCUGGCGUUUGCAGCAAACUUGAAAAAGAACAUGAAGGACGAAGAAGGCACCAAGACUGAGGAAUACAGUGAAGACUCAAUUUUCUUCACACUCUGCAGGGACUCUGCCCCAUUCACUCAGAGACUGGCAUCUUUGCUGCAUCACCCUGACACAGAAGUGAAAGAACAAGUUGUGAGAAUAUUAACACAAUAGUGUUGUUUUCUUAAAACAGACUGACCUAACGAAAAUAUCUAAUCUUGGCAAUUCUUUGCUAAGAAAGCCUGCAACAAGUAAACAAUACAACAAUGAUGGAGGAAAAAAAAAAGCCCUAAAUACUAUCAGAUAUUUUUUACAAGCAAGAGAAAAGCAAUAGCUUAAUUAUUACUGAUAAACCACUGCACAGUUGCUACAUUUAUGCAAGGGGGGCAAACAGUUUAAAACUUGAAAACAUUUAUAUGUAAAAUGAACAUUUUAAAUGGAAGUGAAUGAAAAUGUCCUUUGCAAUAUCAAAGACUUUUUUUUUUACUUCAAGUAUUUACAGCUGUUGAAUAAAUAUCUCCUUAGAAUUGUGCAUUAAAGAUGUAGUAAUUGGAGAUUAGGCAUUUAUAUUUUAUUAGUCUACCUAUGAAAAUGGUACAGCUGAAUCUUACAAAAUAAUAUUAAAUAAAAACAAUACCAAUCUA